AUGGCUGAAAACUCAUCAAGUGGUGGUUCUUCUAUGGCUUCAGCUCCAGCAAGAUCAGAUGAUCCAGCAUGGGCUCAUGGGCAAGUGGUUAUUAGUGUAAAGAACUCAAGUAUAUGUGUUCAUUGUAGCAAAAGGAUCAAUGGUGGUGGUAUUACUCGUCUGAAGUAUCACCUUGCUGGUAUUAAGGGCCAAGUUGAAGCUUGUAAAAAGGUUCCUCCAGAUGUGAAAUGGCAAAUGAAGCAGUUGAUAGAGGACUUAACAAUGGAGAAAGAGAAAAGAAAGAGACUUAGAACUGAUAUUGGAAAUUCUCAAUCAUUUUCCAAUGAUGAAGUCGAAGAGGGUGGUAGUGCAAAUCCUACUUUAAGUGAUAUCGAUUCAAAAGCAACUAAGAGAUUGACAAUGCAAGGCACAAGUGCAAAUAGAAAAAAGAUGACUUCAUUCGUUCCACGAACUACCCCAAGUUCACAACCUAGCAUUAAAAGUGCAAUGGCUUCUAAAAAGAAGGAACAUAAUGCAAGGAAGGUCAUGGCAAGAUGGUGGUAUGAUGUUAAUGUACCAUUUAAUGGUGCUAAAUCAUACUAUUAUCAACCAAUGAUAGACGUCAUAGCAUCAAUAAGACCUGGUUUUAAAGGACCAUCAUAUCAUGAUUUAAGGGGACCACUUUUGAAAGAUAUAGUUCAUGAUGUCCAUGAAUACCUCUUUGAAAUCAAGGCUGAUUGGAAACUUUAUGGAUGCUCCAUUAUGGCAGAUGGGUGGUCAAAUAGAAGGAAUGUACCAAUUGUGAAUUUUCUUGCUUAUUCUCCAAGAGGUACCAUAUUCUUGAAGUCAGUUGACACUUCGGGUCUUCGAAAAGAUAAAGAGACAUUGCUUGAAAUGUUUGAUGAAGUUGUCAAAGAAGUGGGGCAAGAAAAUAUUGUCCAAUUUGUUAGUGAUAAUGAGGCUGCAUUCAAGGCUGCUGGGAAGGCUUUGCAACAAAGGUUACUCGAGGUUUGCUUAGCACAAUUACUAGAUUGGUUCCCUGAUUGUGACACUCAAGAUGUAAUUAGUGGCCAACUUGAGGAGUAUAAGAAAGCAACUGGUGAUUUUGGCUUGCCUCUAGCUAUUCGUCAAAGAGAAAAGUUAAAUCCAGAGAAUGAAGAGACAUGUUUUGAUGAAGAGAAUGAGCUUGGUGGAAAUGAUCAACUAUUGGAAUGUCUAGUUGAUGACUUUCCCUACAUACCACCACAAGAUCAAGAUCCUUAUUUCUAUGUUAAUGAUGGAGAUGAUGUUUGA